UUUAGAGAUAUUAAAGCUUAAGAUUUACUUUAAAAACUAUGGAAAAAAUAAAUAAAAAGAAAAAAAAAACAGAUGGAGUAUAAAUCAAUUUUUGUUUGUUUUUCACCCACAUCGAAAACGUAAGAAACUUUUAGAAAAAAAAAAUGACGCCUAUAAGAAUAAUACUCCUAAUAGAUUAAACAAUUAACCUUUUAUUAUUAUAUAUUUCUAUAAAUGUAUAAUGUGUAUUUUUUAUUUUGAAGAUUCUUGAGCAGCAUAUUAGAGCCACCCUUAUACGAAGACAAAUUGAUCGAUUGUUAGAACCUAGUCUCCAAUAUCUUCAAUUUGCAUGUAAUGAAUUACUCAACACGGUUCUAUGAAUUCGUAUCGUAAUUUGUUCAAACUGUCUUAAAAAUUACCGCAUCAUAUAAUUCGCUUUAAACUAGCUAUCCAAAGUCAGUUCGAAUUUCAUUAGAAGAGUAAUUCAAUAUGGAGAAUUGAAAAACCCUAAUUUGUUGCAGAUGAACCAUUUUUGUGAAUCAAGGGAGUUGCAAAGGUUUCCAGCAUUUCAAAAACGAUUAGAGGCUGUAAUGUUGAAUUUUCUAUAUGAUGCUAUGAAACCCGUGGAGAAAAGGAGUUUAGAAAGCAUUGUAAUGGAGGCAGAUGAUAUAAACACUUCUCACCCAAAUUUUGUGGGCGGACAAAAAGCAAUAGAGCUUGCUAAGCAACGUAUCCGCAGUUCUAAGGGAACACAAAAUUCAACCGAGCAUGACAGAUCAACUGGUAUGUGCUUGGUAGAAUGUCGAAGGAUGCUUGUUCUUAGUUCUUAUGCACACAUUGUAGAUAUAACUAUAUAACUAUAUAACACGAAAUCUGUAA